UAACAUUACACAACUUAGCACCGGCCUCCACGUGUAACCAUGCCCCGCCAGCGCUCUGCCCCUGCGCCUGCUCGGUCUGCUUCGGCUGCGGCUUCGCGGCCGAAGCCAGCAUCCUCAUCUCCACCGCCUCCGGCGCCGCCAGCGGCGGCAGCCGCUUCUUCUGCGCCAACUUCGCCACCGCAGUCCUCGGGAGGCUGGUUCAGCAGGCCUGCCCCGCAGCCUGCUGCACCACAGCAUGCUGCUCCGCCUCCUAUGGCUGCCCCACCUUCGGCAGGUCCUCCUGUGGCUGCAUCCAGCGGAGGCGGCAUUAUGUCGGGCUUGAUUGGGACCGUCGUUCAGGGUGCUGCGCUGGGCACGGGUACGGCCAUCGCCCAUCGCGCCGUGGACGCAGUGCUUGGUCCGCGCACUGUCGUCCACGAGCACCAGGGUGCCCCUGCACCGGCUGCUCCGGUUGCUGCCGCAGCGCCGCCGGCUGAGGGUCCCUGCGCUGGUCAGGUUAAGGCGUUUGGCGACUGCAUGAGCAAGAACAGCGGUGACAUGGCCGCUUGCCAAUGGUAUUUUGAUGCCAUGCAGCAGUGCAAGCUUAGCAGCGCUUGAUCGGCUGCUUGGGCGUGCUAGGCAAUCUAGAGCGGAGAGCGUGACUAAGGACGAUCUUUGGAUACGCGUGUCAUUUUGUUUUUUUGCGUGCAGGGCUUGAGCGCUGUUUGCAUGCUGUGAGCUAGCUACUUAAGUCAAUUUAGUUUGUAGUUGCGUGUGUUUUGUGCUGUGUUGGUUCUCAUUCUGCAGACGUUCUGUUGGAGGGUUCAUCUUCUGUGUGCUGGAUGGUGUAUGAUUAGGGUCUUCCCUCGAAAAUAUCGUGGAUUCAUGCGCGAGUAUGGAGUCACGAGUAAGCGUGUGAAGCUUGCGUAAUUGAUGACAACUGACAGUACGUCUUGUUUCUGCGUGUGAUGUGUAGUUUGUUUUAACUUGUUUAAGUAAAUAGCAGGUAUUUCUCAAGUUCAAGGUGUUACUCUCCAAGAAGCAGCACGCUUGAGUACCCUUGCUUGUUGGUGUCCCCACCGACAACCUCGGGCUGUAGCAUGUCCAUGCAAACCAGUCUUUUAGCCAUGCGUGGGGUUUGUCCUGCUUGUAAUGGAUGUGGCAGUGG